ACACUAUUUUUUUUUUUUUAAUGUCUACAUUCCAUCUCUUACAAGUUCAGUUUUUAUGAUGAUUUAUUAUUUUUCCUAAAGAACGGAGACAAUUGUCAGGGUAGGGGACAGAGAAAAUGGAAAUAUUCUAAAAUCCUCCUCAUUAUGCCUUUCUUUCUAACCUUGACAUAUGCCCAGAUUUUUACAGGUUUUCAUUUUAAUAUGCUAUUUUUGAUGUCAAUAGUUAUUAGCAUGAUUUUCUAAUCAAGGUUUUUACUCUGAAGUGUCCCAGGUAGGCUCUGGCAUAUGAAUCAUACAUCUAAAAAAGAAACUCAGAAAACUAUGUGUGCACUCUAGGGGGCUCAUUUGUCUUUGGCAAAGACAUUGUUGCUCCUGUUUCCUUAAUUAUUAAACAGAUGGUGUCCACUGCCAUUGACUAGCUGCCCAACUUGUUCUCCAUGUGGUAGCACAGUUCUGAACAUCUGAUGGAGAGAAGCUGUAUCAUCACAGCUCAUACAUUUAUGUCAUAAUAUCAAUAUUAAUACUUGUCUCUAACUAGAGCAGGCUGUUUCCCAUGAAACUACAUUUAAGACUUAAGCUGUCUUCUCCCGUACCCCCAAGAAUUAAUUUUAUCUCAAGCAUCUAUCUUCUUUGGCUUUUCUUUAUAUUGCUUCAUCUCUGCACACAAAAUGCAGUGGCAUAUUGAACCAAUUAUCGAAAUACUCCAGGCUAUAAACACACUUUAACCUGGAAUGUCAAGAUAAUUAAGACAAAAUUGGAUUAUUAAUACUAUUAUUAGUGAGAGCAAAUGACAUCUAAGGUAGCCAUAUUAAAAAUGAAGCAAGGACUAUCAGAUUCUUGUUCUAAGUGUAAAGAGAAACUAGCUCCCAACAUUGAUGGAUUUUUAAGUCCAUUGAACAGAUAAUGAAUUAUUUAUAAUCUGCCAAAAAAGUUAGCUUUAAAAUUUUCCUUUAGUUUCCCAAAUCUUACAUUACUAUAGUACAUGAACAGUGCACCCUGUAAACAUUAACAACUAAGAUCCUGAUUUUUUUCUCAUAAGCUUUCUUCAUGGUAGACAUAGUAUUUCACAACCGUAGACCGUCUUUUAAGAUCUUUCCUAGUGUUAAUCUACCUGUCCUCGCUCCCCCCUCGAGAUUUCUUUAUAUUACUUUCUGAUUGACUAUUUGGUCUUCCUAAUUUUGUAAACCGUCUCCAGGCUAGGGUCACUUAAUGUCUAAGUUCUCAUCCACUAUGAACAACCGUCACUGAUACUCUCAUAUACUGGAUUUUUUUUAAAGUAACAGUUUAAAAAAAAAUGAAUCCCCUCCCCUUCUCUUUAAUAAUGAUGCUAUUUAGCGUCUGGGUAACUUGUUGAGAUUUUCCAUCAUUUGGACCAACAGGAAAGGCUUGGGUUCUCUGUCGAAAACAGACCUUCCAGCAGGAGCAGCCAAAGCAUUACAAUGCCACCUGAAAUUGGUUUGCUGUUAGGACUGACUUGAGAACAUAUGAGCCUCUUUGAAUCACUCAGACAGUAGAUGUGGCUGUCAUUUUUAAUGACAGCAGGAAGGAUGUUGGCUCCCAUAGCCUGCCAAGUAGCCAAGCACAAUCCUUUUUUUCCAACGUCCUAGGAAGCUCAGCCUGAGGGCCAGCCGCAGACCCCCGCACCCCCGGGCUGCGGCGAGCUGGGCGGUGGACCCGCCACAGCAACCCUUUCUCCAGCGUGCUGGUGGUGCGGGCCCCGCGUGGCAGAAAGCAGAAUGGAGCUGAGAGCAGCGCCUCCUCCGGGGGAGGGGGCGGGAGCUCGGCUGGGAAAGCUUUCCUAGGGAGUAGCCUUAAAGAAGAAAGCGGAAUUGCAGAUCACUCCAGUUGCCUACUUUUUUAUAUAGUUUUAACCAGUCGUCUCCACUCGCUUCCCUUCUGCAAAACUGCAAAUCACCACCAACCUCGCACCAAAAAGAAGGAAAAAAAACCCCAAACGAGCAAAUCUCAUUCUCCCUUCUCACCCUCCCUUUCCUCUCACCCUCCCUUCCUCUCUAGCUCGCUCGCUCUCCCUCCCUUCCUUCUCUUGCGGCAGCCGCUCGUCUCUCGGACUGUGUCUUUCUCCGACGGGACUUAACUUCUUGGUUAUUUCUCAGCCCCCUUUCCAUUUCUUCCACCCUUUGCUAUGAACUGGACCGACAGACGCAGGGGAGGCUUUGCUUUCUGCCCCAGGGAAUGGCGGUUGGCCUCCUGGGGCCGUGCUGGGGAGGAUCGGCCGAGGAGAAAGAAAGAGUGAUAGAGAAAGAGCUGCAGGAAGGAAGAGAAGGGGGACCUCCGUCUGCCUCGGGCCCGGCGCGCCGCAGCGCAGCGCCGAGCUGCGCCCGAGAUGGCCCCGAGCUCGCCCUGCGCCCCCGGCUGCUCCAGCGUCUGCGGCCCCCGUGCGCCGGACGCAUUGGGCAACCUUUAAAACCCUGAAGAAGCAAGAGACCCCGGAGGAUAUUAAGUCGGGGGUAGGGGUGGAGCAGAGGAUUUUUAAAAGCUUUUCAAAGAGAGGAAAAGAGGAAGUCUGAUCAUUUCUGCCUGUGCUAGCUUUCAACUUGGAGGCGUCUCUUUGGAGCAUCUAGUAUUCUCCAGGAGUUAUUCGAAAGCUGAAACUUUCAGUGGCUCGUGGGCCUGGGGAGAAGAAGAAGGGAUUCCGAGGGUGGGACUGGGCAGAGAGAGAGAGCGUGCGUGUAUGUGUGUGGGUCGCGGUGGGGGCGUCCGGGGGACCUCGGGGAUUCCGUGAAGAGGGCACACCAUGGCAGUGCCCGGCGAGGACGCCCGAGUCAGGGACAAGCCCGGCCACGGUGGGGCGAGUCUAGCCCCCACGGCGGGCCCGGACUGCCACCGUCGCGCGGGCCCCGCAUCGCCGCGGGACUCGGGCUGCCGCGGCUGCUGGGGAGACCUGGUGCUGCAGCCGCUCCGGCGCUCCGGGAAACUUUCCUCGGCGCUCUGCGCGGGCUCCCUGUCCUUUUUGCUGGCGCUGCUGGUGAGGCUGGUCCGCGGGGAGAUCGGCUGUGACCUGGAGCCGAGUAAGGAGGCGGCGGCGGCGGCGGCGGAGGAGGAAGCGGCCCCGGGAGCAGGAGGGGGCGUCUUCCCGGGGCCUCGGGGAGGUGCUCCCGGGGGCGGCGCGCCGCUCAGCCCCUGGCUGCAGCCCUCGGCGCUGCUCUUCAGUCUCCUGUGUGCCUUCUUCUGGAUGGGCUUGUACCUCCUGCGCGCCGGGGUGCGCCUGCCUCUGGCCGUCGCGCUGCUGGCCGCCUGCUGCGGGGGGGAAGCGCUCGUCCAGAUUGGGCUGGGCGUCGGGGACGAGCACUUACUCUCGCUCCCCGCCGCGGGGGUGGUGCUCAGCUGCUUGGCCGCCGCGACAUGGCUGGUGCUGAGGCUGAGGCUGGGCGUCCUCAUGAUCGCCUUGACUAGCGCGGUCAGGACCGUGUCCCUCAUUUCCUUAGAGAGGUUCAAGGUCUCCUGGAGACCUUACCUGGCGUACUUGGCCGGCGUGCUGGGGAUCCUCUUGGCCAGGUACGUGGAGCAAAUCUUGCCGCAGUCCGCGGGGGCGGCUCCGAGGGAGCAUUUUGGGUCCCAGCUGAUUGCUGGGACCAAGGAAGAUAUCCCGCUGUUUAAGAGGAGGAGGCGGUCCAGCUCUGUGGUGUCCGCCGAGAUGUCGGGCUGUAGCAGCAAGUCCCACCGGAGGACCUCCCUGCCCUGCAUACCGAGGGAACAGCUCAUGGGGCAUUCAGAAUGGGACCACAAACGGGGGCCAAGAGGAUCACAGUCUUCAGGAACCAGUAUUACUGUGGAUAUUGCUGUGAUGGGCGAGGCUCACGGCCUCAUUACCGACCUCCUGGCAGACCCUUCUCUGCCCCCCAAUGUGUGCACGUCCUUGAGGGCAGUGAGCAACCUGCUCAGCACCCAGCUCACCUUCCAGGCUAUUCACAAGCCCAGGGUGAAUCCUGUCAUUUCCUUCAGUGAAAACUACACCUGUUCAGAUUCUGAAGAAAGCUCUGAAAAAGACAAGCUGGCAAUUCCCAAGCGCCUGAGAAGGAGUUUGCCCCCGGGUUUGUUGAGACGAGUUUCAUCGACUUGGACAACUACCACCUCAGCCACAGGUCUACCCACUUUGGAGCCUGCCCCAGUACGGAGGGACCGUAGCGCCAGCAUGAAACUACAUGAAGCGCCUUCAUCCAGCGCUGUUAGUCCUGAUUCUUGGAAUAACCCAGUGAUGAUGACCCUCACCAAAAGCAGAUCCUUCACUUCGUCCUACGCUGUUUCUGCAGCUAACCACGUAAAGGCUAGAAAGCCCAAUCGACCAGGUGCCCUAGCUAAAAUUUCACCUCUUUCCUCGCCCUGCUCCUCACCUCUCCAAGGGACUCCUGCCAGUAGCCCCAUCAGCAAAAUUUCGGCAGCGCAGUUUCCAGAAUCUUCUGACACAACUGCCAAACAAGGCCUAAGUUCUCACAGGGCCUUAACUUAUACUCAGAGCGCCCCUGACCUGUCUCCUCAGAUCCUGCCUCCACCUGUUAUAUGUAGCAGCUGCGGCAGACCGUAUUCCCAAGGGACUCCCGCUGAUGGGCCCCUGGAGAGAGGCAGUGCGGCCAUUCGGACUCCAGGCAGAGCAGAUGACACUGCUCAAGUUACCUCUGAUUAUGAAACCAAUAACAACAGUGAUAGCAGUGAUAUUGUACAAAAUGAAGAUGAGACUGAGUGUCCAAGAGAGCCACUGAGGAAAGCGUCGGCUUGCGGCACCUACACGCCUGAGACCAUGAUAUUCCUGGACAAACCAAUUCUUGCUCCUGAACCUCUUGUCAUGGAUAACUUGGACACAAUUAUGGAGCAGCUAAAUACUUGGAAUUUUCCAAUUUUUGAUUUGGUGGAAAAAAUAGGAAGAAAAUGCGGUCGUAUUCUUAGUCAGGUGUCAUACAGACUUUUUGAAGACAUGGGCCUCUUUGAAGCUUUUAAAAUUCCAGUUAGGGAAUUUAUGAAUUAUUUUCAUGCUUUGGAGAUUGGAUACAGGGAAAUUCCUUAUCAUAACAGAAUCCAUGCCACUGACGUCUUACAUGCUGUUUGGUAUCUGACGACGCAGCCUAUUCCAGGCCUCUCAACUGUGGUUAAUGAUCAUGGAUCAGCAAGUGAUUCAGAUUCUGACAGUGGAUUUACACAUGGACAUAUGGGAUAUGUAUUCUCAAAAAUGUAUAAUGUGCCAGAUGAUAAAUACGGCUGUUUGUCUGGAAAUAUCCCUGCCUUAGAGUUGAUGGCACUAUAUGUGGCUGCAGCCAUGCAUGACUAUGAUCACCCAGGAAGGACUAAUGCUUUCCUUGUGGCAACUAGCGCUCCUCAGGCUGUGCUCUAUAAUGAUCGUUCAGUUUUGGAGAAUCACCAUGCAGCUGCUGCCUGGAAUCUUUUCAUGUCCCGGCCAGAAUAUAACUUCUUAGUUAACCUUGACCAUGUGGAAUUUAAGCAUUUCCGUUUCCUUGUCAUUGAGGCAAUUUUGGCCACUGACCUGAAGAAACACUUUGACUUCGUAGCCAGAUUUAAUGCCAAGGUGAAUGAUGAUGUUGGAAUAGAUUGGACCAAUGAAAAUGAUCGUCUACUGGUUUGUCAAAUGUGUAUAAAGUUGGCUGAUAUCAAUGGGCCAGCUAAAUGUAAAGAGCUCCAUCUUCAGUGGACAGAGGGUAUUGUCAAUGAAUUUUAUGAACAGGGUGAUGAAGAGGCCAGCCUUGGGUUACCAAUAAGCCCCUUCAUGGACCGUUCUGCCCCUCAGUUGGCCAAUCUUCAGGAAUCCUUCAUCUCUCACAUUGUGGGUCCUCUGUGCAACUCCUAUGACUCAGCAGGACUGAUGCCAGGGAAAUGGGUGGAAGACAGUGAUGAGUCAGGAGAUACAGAUGACCCUGAGGAAGAGGAGGAGGACGAAGCACCAAAUGAAGAGGAAACCUGUGAAAAUAAUGAAUCUCCAAGAAAGAAAACUUUCAAAAGGAGGAAAAUCUACUGCCAAAUAACUCAGCACCUCCUGCAGAACCACAAGAUGUGGAAGAAAGUCAUUGAAGAGGAACAGCGGUUGGCGGGCAUAGAAAAUCAGUCUCUGGACCAGUGCCCCCAGCAGCAUCCCUCAGAACAGAUCCAGGCCAUCAGGGAAGAAGAGGAAGAGAAAGGGAAGUCGAGAGAAGAGGAGAUCCCCACCCCAAAGCCAAACCAGUGACAAUGGAUAGAAUGAGCUGUGUUUCCGAACCGAGUGACUUGUCACAGACUCUUUUCAAGCCAGCACAACACUUAGACACGACACUGUAGAAAUAUAAGAAGAUGGGCAAAUGGUUAUCGCAUUGGGGGAUUUUUCGCAUUUUAAGUGUUUAUUUUUACAGUGAGGUACCUUGUUAAAAACUCUUGCUCAGAGAAGCUUUCACAUUUGCAACACCAGCUUCUAAGGAUUUUUUUAAGGAAGAAAUAUAUAUGUGUGUAUGUAUAUAAGCUCUCACGUAGAUACAUGUAAAACAUAUUCACACACACAUACACACAUACACACUGAAAGCCAGGAAUACUGGCUCCACAAUUUAGUAACGUUCAUAGUAAGAUAUAUAGUGGUCACUGUGAUAUAAUAAAUCAUAAAGGUAAAAAUAAAGGAAAACAAUUCGCAAGGGAAAUGGUGCGGCUUAGCAGGAGAGCAGUGCAGCAAAUGCAGGUUACAGCUAAGAAGCUUUUGCUCUUAGUACUGAGGGAUGAAAGUUCCAGAGCAUUAUUUGAAUUCUUACACAUCCUGCCAACAUCGUAUGUGUGUGUUUGUGUGUGUGUGGGGGCGGGGGGGGAUUGAAAGGGUGCCUGUGUGUAUGUGUGUCUGUGAAGAGAUUUGUGUGGUUUCAGCGGUUCAUGGAAUUGCUGCAGCACAGGACUCAGCACAUGUGAACAAACAGAAGGGAGUUCAGUCUGGAGUAUCUUUGAGAGGCGGCCAUUGCAAAUGCCUUCCUCCGUUUCGCUUCAUAAAGUUCCCUCUGCAGAGGGAGGGUAUUCCCUGGCUGGGCGAGAGGGCCACGUGACUGGUACUACUGCAAUACACCACUUGGAGGCUCUCUGUCACCAGCCUUAAACCUGGAAGACUGAGGCAUUUUCCAAUCUACUCGCCUAAUGAAUGUAUAGGAGCUGUUUGUCUAUGAGUGUGUCUGUCCCUCACCUGAAAUUUAAGGGGAUGGCUUUCUUUAUACAGAAACACCUAGGAAGGAGCUAGAGUCAGGUCUUUUCAUCAGGUUAGAAUUCUAAAAGGUUGCCAGAGAAGAUCUGAGACAUUGCUCUUAACAGUGAUCUCCCAUGUCUUAAUUUACUGCAAAAUGUACGGUAGAAAAAUUAAAAAGAGAGAAAGGCUAAGAGAAACCCACUUUGGGAUUUAUAGCAAGAGGGGAAGGGGGAAAUUUCCCCCUCGGGUUCGGUGUGUGUUGACAGACUGAAAGCCUGAUUCUUGGCAACUGUUGAAGGAUUGGCUUUUGGGUGGGGAAGGUCCCACUGACCAACCCUGUUAUGAGACUCCACAUGCUGUGUGAUGGAGUAGCUUCUAUCUGCAGUCAGGCCCAUCAUCGUGCUUCUUUUGGCAGGGAAGAUUAUAGAUGGAUUUUGGGGGGACUGGGCCUAUUAUUGAAAGUCUUUGUUUUUUUUUUUUUGGUUUGUUUAUCUACACUUGUUUAUGCUGUGAGCCAUACCUAUUUAAAAAGUUGAUACUCACUUUCAAUAUUUUAUUUCAUAUUAUAUGUCAUGAAUAGUUAUCUUGAUGUAAAUAUAAAGAUUUUUUUUUGUUUCUGUAGAUAGUAAACUCUUUUUUUUAAAAAAAAAGGGAAAAGGGAAACAUUUUUAUAAAGUUAUAUUUUAAUCACCAUUUUGAUACAUUGUAUACAUGUAUACAUUUGCUACAAUGAUACAUUGAUACAAUGUAUAUGUUUUGAUACAUUGAUUACAUCCCCAAGUCCAGAAAAAGAGUGAUGAUUCAUUUGCAUGGAGGUCUAUGGACAGCCACUCAUCUACCUAUUCUAAUUUAAAUGAUAAUCUGAUACAGUUAUUUUAUGCCAAUUAAAUGAGGAUGCUGCGAAGAAUGUUUUUUCACUAGUAACUUUUGCUAACUUUUGGGUUGAUACCUCCCAAGUGAAGUACUUUCUUAACCAAUACUAAAUGUUUGUCAUUGGUGUCCAUUUCUUCCCAACACUUUUUGGUUGUAACUCUUGCUUCAGGACCAUAUACGGAUCUGCUCAUCAUGUAAACAAUCUUAGCUUCUAAGUACACCUUGAUUGUGAUUUCUACUUUUUAUUUCCUCUGAAGUCAUAGAAAAGAGUGUUUACAUUAAAAAUGCCUUUGUUUCUCAUAAAUUGAUAUUAUAUUCUUCCCUUCCAAAGUGAUGGCUUUAUAAUAAUCCAUAGCAUUCUUUAAAUAAGCCAAAGAUAAUGCAAUCAAAAAUAAACAUGGUUUCAAGGCAGAUUUCCCAAUAAGCAGGAAAAUAUGAAAAGGAUCAAAUGGACUCAGACUGUACCUAAAUAAUUAGAGCAAUUUCAGUAUUUUUCUGAGUUAACAACAGGUGUUCAUUAUUUAGGACUUACCGAGUUGUUUUCCUUUUUCUUAGUAUUGCCUGUGUGUCUCAAUGUUUGCAAAAAUUACUGUGAGUCAAACACGUUUCCCCCAUGAAUUUAACUGUUCUCCUUCCCUUGCAAAUAAGAGAAGGAAAAAAACGUGUUCAUAUUCACAUACGUCUUGCAUCUAAUUACUUAACAAAACUAAUCUUUUCCCUUUCUCCAAAUGUCUUUCAUCUCUAAAAUAAAUAUAAGUUGAGAAAAAAUCUACGUGUGGAGCAAGUAGAAUGGUGAGAGGGCAGUUGAGAGUCCAUAACCAUUUAUAUAGGCAGCUUCAUCAAGGCUGCCUGGCCCCGAGUAGGAGUCAUCCUGGCUGCCAGACUGAAGAGCUUAGCAAACUGCCUGGUGUUUGUUUGUUUGUUUUGUUUUAAGAUCCAUGAAAUAAUAGGAAUACUGGUGGUCAAAACAAUUAGAACCUCUUCAUUUCAUAAUUGUGUUCAUCAGUCCAGGCAGGUUAAUAAUUUUUAUUUCAAAAAUAAAUUGCCAAUAUAUGAAAGCUGGAAGUCAAUUGAAGCAGAGGAGAUUCAUCCAGUGUGUGACUGUCAUACACACAGAAUACAUCCCAAAGGAUGCCUAGGGACAUAAGAAGUUAUUUUCUGUUAGUGAUGUUCUCCCCUUCCUUGGUGACAGCAAUAUUACUGUGUUCACUUCCAACUCCGGAGCUUACUUCCUGUGGUGCCAGUGUAUUUGUUGCAAUUUACUACAUUUUUAUAUGAGCCUAAUUAUAGGUGCCAUUAGAUAAACUCAGGUCUUUCAAAUGAAGGAAUUUCUAGCCCAUUUAGGAUAAGGAUAACUGUAUAGACAGCCAUAAAACCAAUGGUAGGAAAAGUUGGAACUGAUGACCUUGAUGCUAGUGGUUACUCUCUGUUAAGGCGAAGACCAGGUAUACUAUGAGUGUCAUCGUUGUCAUUUCCAAAUGCUAAUAGAGUGUCUUUCCAGUUAUCUAUCUAAGGCAACCUUUAGAAUAUAAUUUCCUUGGUGAAAACACCACUUUAGUUUUAUUUUUUUUAACUAUAAAAUUAUUUUUUUGUCAUUUAUAUAAGACCUGGUUUUGCUCUCAGUAGAAGAUGAAAACAGUAGCUCUGUACAGGGAUAUAUCUAUAUUGGUCUUUAUAUGACAAGUGAAGGAAUUUCCUCAUGUUAUGUUUAAGAAAAUAUCCACUUUCUAAAAACACGAUACCCAUUUCUUUCUGUUCCAUUUUGAUGGAAUUCCAGAACAAAUCCUAACCAUUGCAAUCCCAGUAAAACUAAAGAAAGGGGAUUGUAUGUCAUGCAGAUUGUUCGUAUUACAUGUAUGUAUGAUGAUUUCCUCGUGUCCCCUGUCUCUCUUGAUUUGCAAUUUCUUGAUGCCCCCUGUCACUUUCCCAGAGAACUUUCUUUCAAGGUAAAAGCUGUGCAAAAGGCAUGAGACUCAGGCCUAUUCUUUGUUUAAAUGAUGGAAAAAUAUAAAUUAUUUUCUAAGUAAUAAAGAUAUAAAAAUUGUCAUUGUAAAUAAAGCCUAAAGUUUGAAAUGACUGCUUUAUAAAAGUGAGCUAUUUGUGUGAUAACUCCUGACUAAUGAGAAGUGAGUAAUCAAAACAUCAUUUCUAUUCUACUUUAGGAGGUAUUUUCGGUGCUUCCAUGUCAGUAUGGGGAAUCUCCACUGUCCUCAUCACUUACAAUGUUUCUAAAAUAAUAAUGAAAACCACAGUAAAGGUCUUAGCAUCCUUUGCUUCCAUCCAACUCUGAUUCCCAUUUAAUACCUUUCCUGGUUUAUAUGCCAUUUUGGAAAUAAACUGCCUUUUCAAACUGGCAGAAGUCUCCAGUAAAACCAUUGUGUAAACUUUCAUAAUCUAGAGUAAAUCAAGAUUCUCCUUAUUCUAGAGAUUAUCAGCUGAUGUGUGGGAAAAAUAUCGAUAAAAUUUCAAAUGCUAAUAGUUCAACUGCAGAUAAUUGAGAGCUAAAAUCUCUAUAUACUUUGAAAUCCAACUGAGUUUCUUCCAUUCAUCUCCUCUGCUAACAAGCAGCACCACACGUUAUGACCAUUGUUCUAGGUCGUUAAUUUCUCUCGUGAUUUAUCCAUGAAGUAAAAGUAGGAACUUGCUGAGAUUGUCGGUCUACUUUUUUAAUCUUUUCAACAAACUGCAAGCUUACGAUUAGAAGAUCGAUUAGCCAGUUUAGGUGAAGAGCAUUCCAAAAUUCAGUUAUUUUUAGAAUUUCUAAUCAGAGGGAAAUAGACGAGUUAUAGAUUUUAUAUCCAUAUCAGUUUGUUCCUCUAGAAAAUAUUCAGAUUCUUGUUGGAAACUUGAUUGGGGCUGAAUUAAACUACAAGCACCGAGUUAAUGAAACUGCAAACAAUGCAUUAGAUAAAGAACUUAAAUUGAGGUUUGCAUAAGUCUUUGCAUGUUUCACACUAAUGAACCAUGUUCAAGAAGAAGAACAUAUUUUUCAGUCUAUGUUAUGCACCAUGGUUGUUAGGCAGUUUGUGCUAUGGCUUAACACAUUUCGUUUUUCACAGUGAUGCUGUGGUUACCUUACCUGAACUAAUCUUAAUGUUCACAUUAUCAAAUCAUUCUAAUAGCAGGUUAACAAUAGUGACAAAAAAAAAUUGGUCAUUUUCUUACUAAAUAUAUCUGAGGAUACAAAACUGAAGAUUAAGGCUUUAUUUAGCUGGUGGAACUCAAUGUUAAUCUGCUGUUUCAAAACUAGUGAUCCAGUAUAAAUUAUUUUAGGUCAGGUAAGACUAUAGACAAUAUGGAAUGAUGUAUAGGUGGAAAGCAAAAUUGGCUUUUGAAUAAGCUUAAGGCUCUAAAAAGAAUCCAAAUUUCCCUUUAAAGGUAGCUAGUUUUUCUCCAUAUCAUACUUUUAAGGUUGAUUACCUUGACAGGCAUUGGUAGCCAAAGAUUUCUGCUUCCCUGAGGAGUUGUGGAGCACAGAAAAAAAGGCAAGCCUUAUUGAUAAGAAAUACUGAACAUGUCUAUGUUCAGACAGAUUUCCUCAUUGUUUCACAUCAAGGAGUGGUUCUUUAAUCAUGCAAUUAAUAAUUCAAAUAAAAAACGCUUCAAAGAGAGUAAUAUUAAAUCAUCGUAUGUAAGUACUACCAAGAAUAUUUAAAUUUAAUUUACUUUUUUGAACCAAAGCUGUUAAAAAAUUUUUUAUUAUUCAAUUAAAAUGAAACCCACAAAAAUGACAUUCCAUGGUAUAGAGAUCCUAAAUAUUUUGAUAUACUAAGAACUAGUAUUAUGUAACAGAAAACUGAAAAGAAGAAUAUGUCAUUCUUUUUCUAAUGUCCUUCAUGCCUCAGAGAGGAAAAUUUUUUAUGAAGAAUCCAAUAAAUACAUUAUAUAGAUAAAAAUAGAUUUAGCCUCUAUUUAAUUAGAUUAAGUGUACAAAUUGUAGUCUGAGUUCUUCUGAGUUAUCCUAAGAAAAAGAAAUGUAGUAUUCAGCAAUUGAUAAUGGUUUAGGUUGUCUUAAAAUAAAUGGUGUAUUAAUGUAGAUUAUAUUUUACUAAAUUCCAACACAAUUAAAAGCUCAAAUACUUAUCUUCAUUACUACUAACAGUAACUUCAUUACUUCAUUAAAUUACUUACUUCAUUAAAUCUUAUUAAUCUUGACUUUCACAGAUGAACCACUGACCAGUCAGUAAAUCACACCCGCUACAUUUGUCUGCCAAGAGCGAUCAAAUGGUAGGUUGGAAUUUGAAAUUCAUAACCAGAAAGCUUUGGUGCUUUAACUAAGUUUUCAGUGUCAGUAGAAGUACCUAUUUCGAAUGAAACAGAAACUACAGCAGGAAAUUCUUCUUUUCCUCUUUAAAAAGAAACAAAGUCAAACUCAUAGGAGAAAAGUAUGACUUCUCUUCAAUUUUAUUUCUCUAAUUCAAAAUUAGUAAAGGAAAAAUCCGAAAUCUCCUCUGCCGUAAGAAGGAGAAAGAAUGCCUUUCACCUCAGGUUCUAACUGGCCACAUCUAGUUUUAUUGUGCAGCCCGUGGUACUAAAAAGCAGAAAAAAAGCAGAGCUGUAGAUUGGGAAUGAACAUUACAUAAAUCUUGAAGGAUCAUCCCAGGACACCCUUCCAUCUUUGUGACAAACCAAGUUAGUUAUAAGUUUCUCUGGAGUAAAGAGACUUCCUGGAUCCGUAUUUACACACUGACUGACUUUAUUAAAAUAAGCACUUACACAUUUUGGAAUGUGAAUUAGCCCUUAGAACUUGGAAACUGCUGCUUGAAUACCUUUUGAAGGCAAAGAUUUUUUUUUUUAUUCUGGUAAUUUUACUCCCUCUAUAAUAGCAGAAUAUUCAGAUGGUUUAAUGUGAAGUUAAAAGUAAUUGUUUAAAGAUGUUUUCUUUUGUAUAUAACUUGUCAGUUGGUAGAAUUUCCCAUCACCUUUCUUUCAAAAAUUAAUUGAUUAUUUUUAUGACUUAAAAACACAUAUUAUAUCAGAUAUUUUGUUUUAGCUAUUUGUAACCGUAACCCAGUACUAUAGUGUUGCUAUCUUUAAAUAAUAACCCUAUCAUAUCUAUAUAUUAUCUGUUAGUGGGGUUUAAAUGUCUUGACUUUUAGUAUAUAUUUGUUUAUUAGUUUAAAAAAAUCAGUAUUUUUUAAUACUCUGUAAAAUAUUUGCAUGGGAUUUUCAUCAUAUUAUGUUUGCUUAACUAGUGAGGGUUUUUUUUCCAUUUACGAGUGUCAAUUCGUUUCUCAAUAUAUUCUCACAGAAGAAGGCAUACCAUUUUUGUUGUAACAAAGACAAUUUCUUAGUUGACAAGCACUGGAAAUAAAUAUCCCUGAACCCCCCCCCCCCCCGAUAUUUCUUCCUAGAGAUUUUUAUCAUGCAAAUCACAAAAUACAAAUUGGUGCUUUUAUAAAUAUUCUGAAACUCUCAAUGAAAAAUAAUGAAAACAAGAUUCUCCCUGGCUUUCUGUAAUAAUAUUAGGAUAUGCAACUGAAAGAACUUUAAUUUGAAUCCAGAGUGGUUUUGGGUUUGGUUGGUUUGGUUAAUUUGAUUCGGUUUUGGGGAUUAAAAUAUGUUCUGAUUCCUGAUGGAGCAGUUGUUCUGAUCAGUCAUUACCUCUUCCUGACAAAAACUGUCAUUAGAAAGUUCAAAUAGCAUGUCCCAAAUAUUUGUAGGACAUUUGUAAACCAGCGAGAAUUGAAUUAACUUAAUUUGGUAUUCCUAAAAAGCAAUAUUUUCGAAUAACUGCCAACCAAGGUCACAGUGUAGGGGAUGUCAUUUGCACAUGACAAUUUUUAACAGUGUAGUUCUCACCACUCUCAACAAACCUAAAUAUGUUUUUAAUUAAUAACUUUCCAAAUUUAUCAACUUUUAGAAACACAGGAAUGAAGCGUUGGACUUAAGUGAUCAUUUUGCAAUUGAAAUAAAUCUCGUCCUCUCACCUGUAUCUUGCAAGUAUUAUAUGUAGCAAUACUUCGUAUCAUCCUAUCACAAGUAUUUGUUAAGUGACUUAGUUAAUGGCUGAUAAAUGUUUUGUAAAAAGUAGAAUCUGUACAGAAAAAUAUUAGAUAAAUUGUAUUUAUUUUUAUUAUUUUUUAGCUUAGACACUAUAAUGAUGCUCCUUUUUUGCCAGAAUUACUGGAAGUGCCUCUUGGUUUUAUAUAUAUAUAUAUUAAUAUUACAGUAAAUAUGUACUCAAAAUUAUUAGAAUUGUGUCACAGAUGACCAAUGUGGAUGUUAUAAUGUGAAGAUAAUGUAUAAUAUAAACAUAAUACUGUGGUA